GAUUUGCCAGCAAACAGCAGAUUAUUUGUAAUCUGUGGUAAAGGUGCCGAAGAUUCGGCUUUCAGGGAAGCAUUUUCAAAAUAUGGAGAGGUUGAAGAUGUAUGGGUGGUCAAAGAUAGACGUACAAACGAAGAUAAAGGUGUGGUGUACGUCAAAAUGUCAAAAACAUCAGAAGCUGCCUUGGCUAUGGAGAGUUUGAAUGGUCAGAAAAUCCCCAAUCACCAUGGUACAUUAAAGGUAGUUGUAGCCAGUAAUAAAUCAGAAGGGUCAAGAAACGAUGCCAGAGAAGAAGAAAAAACACUGAGAUUGUUUGUGAUCGUCCCAAAAACAUACAAUGAGGCAGACUUACGGAAAGAAUUUGAGCAAUUUGGUGAUUUGGAACAUGUUAAUAUUGUAACAGAUCGUAACACUGGCAACAAUAAGGGAUUUGGUUAUGUAAAAUAUAGAAGACCCUAUCACGCUGCCCUGGCCUUUGAGGGCUGUGAUCCCAGUUUUAAGCCCAAAUUUGCAGACCCACCCCGAUCAAAGAAUGAUCACGACAACAGUUUUAAUGGUGGGGCAGGGGGAUUUGGAGGGAAUAGGGACAGGUCCAAUGAUCGAUAUGGGGGUGGUAUGGGUAUGGAUAGGUCACCCAGAGGUGCCAGAGGUAGGUUAUUUCUGAAUAUUAUGAUGUCACCAUCUAAUAAUGAUACACGGCUUCAGAUUGUAGCUUCACCUGGUCUAUCUAACGCCUAUCUUGCUAGACUGGCUAACCUGGUACCAGGAUUAGAAUAUUGUGACUUGAACGAACAGACUGGAAUGGCGUACGUACGAUAUACUAGUCCACAAUGUGCUGCCUACGCUAGAGAUAAGCUGGAUGGAUUUGAAUAUCCAAUAGGAUCUAGAUUAAUGGUGAGGUAUCCAGAGGAAGGCACAGAAGCUCGAGGAUACGGAUCCAAAAGGUAUGUUUGUGGAAGUGAACCACGAGAACGUGUCCAGUACUGUAAUAUUCCCCUACCACUCCCUCAACCCCUGAGGACGGAGGAUUCCCUGGUAGAACAGAGGUUAUUUAUAGUAUGUCAACCUGCGGCCGUCCAGGAACAGAUUUUACGUGAUGCUUUCUGUAGAUUUGGUAACUUGAUAGAUGUCUAUUUAUUGGCAGGUCGAAAUUAUGGCUAUGCAAAAUACGCAACAAAAGAAGAUGCAAUGAGAGCAAUACAGAGUUUACAUGGUCAGAAUUUAGCUGGUCAGAGAAUUAAAGUUUUAGAAGCUGAACCACCUAAAUCU